AUGUGUUCAUGGAAGGUACCAGCUGGAUUUGCAAGCCCUGCGGCAGAUCACACAAAAAAGCGCAUUGUCCUGAACGACCAUCUCAUCAAGAACGAAGAUGUCACGCACUUAUUCAGGGUCAAAGGUGACUCAAUGGUCGAUGCAGGCAUCUUUCCCGGCGAUACGCUGCUUGUUGACCGGUCGAUGGAAGCACGCAACAACCAUAUCGUUCUCGCACGUGUGAACAACGAUUUCACGGUGAAGAGUCGCUACAAGCGUGGUGGUAUUGUCAAGCUCAUGCCAGAAAACAAGCUAUACAAGUCGUGGCAGAUGAAUCAAGAACGCAAGUCCCCAAGCAACACGACUGACUGGAAUGAACUACCA